CCCUCCUAUAAAACAGGGCCCUAACCUUUCACCUCAUCGUCAAUCUCAUUUGCGUUUCCUCAACAAUCGAAAGCUUCUCUCUUUUCAAGCGAUUAAUCAAGAUGCAGAUCUUCGUUAAGACCCUCACAGGCAAGACAAUCACUCUUGAGGUCGAGAGCUCCGACACAAUCGACAACGUCAAGGCAAAAAUCCAGGACAAGGAGGGGAUUCCCCCAGACCAGCAGAGGUUGAUCUUUGCUGGUAAGCAACUGGAGGACGGCAGAACCCUCGCUGACUACAACAUUCAGAAAGAGUCAACCCUCCAUUUGGUUCUUCGUCUCCGUGGUGGUAUGCAAAUCUUCGUCAAGACCCUCACGGGUAAGACGAUCACGUUGGAGGUUGAGAGCUCCGACACCAUUGACAACGUAAAGGCCAAGAUCCAGGACAAAGAGGGUAUUCCUCCGGACCAGCAGAGGCUGAUCUUCGCCGGCAAGCAGCUUGAGGAUGGUCGGACCCUUGCUGACUACAACAUCCAGAAGGAGUCCACUCUCCAUUUGGUUCUUCGUCUCCGUGGUGGUAUGCAGAUCUUCGUCAAGACUCUGACCGGGAAGACCAUCACUUUGGAGGUGGAGAGCUCCGACACCAUUGACAACGUUAAGGCUAAGAUCCAGGACAAAGAGGGCAUCCCACCGGACCAGCAGAGGCUGAUCUUUGCGGGUAAGCAGCUUGAAGAUGGCCGGACCCUGGCUGACUACAACAUCCAGAAGGAGUCCACCCUCCACCUUGUCCUCAGGUUGCGUGGUGGCAUGCAGAUCUUCGUCAAGACCCUCACCGGUAAGACUAUUACCCUCGAGGUGGAGAGCUCCGACACCAUCGACAACGUAAAGGCCAAGAUCCAAGACAAGGAGGGUAUUCCCCCGGACCAGCAAAGGCUGAUUUUCGCCGGGAAGCAGCUGGAGGAUGGACGCACCCUGGCCGACUACAACAUCCAGAAAGAGUCUACCCUCCACUUGGUUCUCCGUCUGCGUGGUGGGAUGCAGAUCUUUGUGAAGACCCUGACCGGUAAGACCAUCACGUUGGAGGUGGAGAGCUCCGACACCAUCGACAACGUGAAAGCCAAGAUCCAGGACAAGGAGGGUAUUCCCCCGGACCAGCAGAGGCUGAUCUUUGCCGGUAAGCAGCUGGAGGAUGGUCGUACUCUUGCGGAUUACAACAUCCAGAAGGAGUCGACCCUCCACUUGGUGUUGCGUCUACGUGGUGGGAUGCAGAUCUUCGUGAAGACCCUGACCGGUAAGACUAUCACACUGGAAGUGGAGAGCUCGGACACGAUCGACAACGUGAAGGCGAAGAUACAGGACAAGGAGGGAAUCCCCCCGGACCAGCAGCGUCUGAUAUUCGCUGGAAAGCAGCUGGAGGACGGCCGUACACUUGCGGACUACAACAUCCAGAAGGAGUCGACCCUUCACCUCGUCCUCCGUCUCCGUGGUGGUUUCUGAAAGCCAAAUGUCGGCUGUUCUGUAAGGUCAUCCAAAGUACAUGUCUGGUCUGAAACUUGAAUCUUCCGACUGUUUCGUGACUGUAUGUUAUGCGGGGUUCUUGUAUAAGGCCCCUUGAAUAAAUUUGUACCAAAGUACCCAAAAUAUUUCCAUGUUUGCUUUUCUCCA